AUGUCGACCAAAAGAAAAACGCCAGCUAAGCUGGCUCCGCCGGUCCUCAAACAAAGCGCCAAGCAAGCUUUCAAGACGAGGAUUGACGAGUCGCGGACGGCCGUUACGGCAGGAAAGGUCGCAGAAGCUCGGGGUAUACCGUCACAGGAGACGGUUGAAAUAUCAAGCGACUCUAGCGACGACGAGGAGGACGACAUGUCGACUGGUGAGGCGGAUCAGAACCAGAAGCACACCGAACAAGCAUCACAAAACCAAGAAACUCCCGCGAAACCCUCCUCUACAGACACAAAAACUGUGCGGCUACCAAACGGCAAGGCCGCCACUCCAGAAGAUGCCCCUGGUUCAGACUCGGAGCCUCAAUCCCCUACCUUUGGCGAGCUCGCGCGCAACAGGACAGUCGAUGUCCAGGAAGCACUUCAACAGCAACAGCAGGGCUCCUCAUUAGCGACUGCACCCCACCAGGCAGUCGCCCCGCCGUCGCUGGAGUCGCUCGGCACGGUUCUCACCCAAGCGCUUCGCUCCGACGACACGGAGCUGCUCGAGUCGUGUCUGCAAACUACUGAUUUGAAUGCCGUGCGCGCCACCAUCCAGCGUCUCGACUCUGGUCUUGCCGCAAGCCUGCUUACCCGCCUCGCAUCGAGGAUGCACCGGCGACCGGGACGCGCCUCCACUCUGAUCAGCUGGGUACAGUGGACGCUGAUCGCGCACGGUGGCGCCCUCGCCGCGCAGCCCGACCUGCAGCGCAAGCUGGCCGAGCUGAACCGCGUCCUCGAGGAGCGCUCAAGAGGUCUGAACAGCUUGCUGGUGCUCAAGGGGAAGCUGGACAUGUUGGAGGCGCAAAUGCAGUUGAGGAGGGGAGCAAGUCGGUCAGGCCGCAGCCGCAACGCCAUGGCCAGGGAGAGUUCCAACGAGGAGGACACCGAGGCAAGGAAUGUUGUCUACGUGGAGGGUGAGGAGGACCAGUCGAAGGAUGCGAGGGCCGAGGUUGACGACGACCAGUUUGACAUCUCGGCCGUCAACGGUGUCGAUUCGGACUCUGACGAAGGGGACGAGGACGAAGAUAUGGACGAUGCAAACGACUUGCGACGGGCGGCAGGUGCGGAGACCCUGGAUGAUGACGAGGUGGACUUUGACGAUGUAGAUGAUGAAUCAGGCGAGGACGAUAGCGACGUCGACGCCGCGGCACCGCCCGCCAAGGUGCAGAAGACCUCGUCUGCUUUUCCCAAGAGGAGAUAG